AUGAUCAAAGUUGUCAAGACGUUGUUGAGCGAACUCACGCGCCCUCCGAUUCUAGUUUUUCCUGAUUGGGCGGCGGUCAAAGACAACAGCCGUCCUCUCCGGUUAUGCUCUGACGCGUGUAUCGAUGGCUUCGGCGCCUCUUUAGAACAAGAACAACUGGAUGGCUCCGUGCGCCCCAUCGUAUACAUCAGCCGUGCUACCCUCCCUGCGGAGCGCAACCGGACCGUUUUGGAUCUGGAGGCUGGUGGGAUUGUUUGGGCAAUCAAACGCCUUCGCGGCUAUCUGUGGUCGACCAAGUUCGUCAUCUACUCGGACCACAAAGCCUUAGAGAGCAUCGGCAAGGUGGGGGAACACAACGCACGGGUGCAACGAUGGCUCGAGUUUCUGUCCAACUUCACGUAUACGCUGAAGUAUCGGAAAGGUUCAGCGAAUGGUAACGCCGAUUUUCUUUCGCGGAUGCCUUUGCCGGCACAAGACACGGACAAGACUGGCCAGGAUUGCAUUGAUGGUGUUGACCACGCGGGUGUGGUUCUCAUUCGAGGUUGCGGGCUUCACUACCACUCGUCCUCCACGCCGGACGUCGGUUUGGGUGGGCUCACCCCUCCUUGCUCUGCCGGAGUCUUCUCGCCGCCACCACUACAGCCUUCCGACUUUGGAGACUUUCGUCAACACGCCCAACGGAUGAUGGACGUCUCACCACCUUCGUCGUCUACUUGCACGGAUCAUCAGCGACCUUCGGGAGUCUUCGCAGUUUCCGGACUUGCCGGCUCUGCCCCGCGGCUGCCCUCUGUCGCAUCUCGUUUGGUGCCCUCUGUUGCAUUCUCAGCGAACAAAUAUGUGCACGUCUUGUCCUCGCUUCCGGAGCGUGGACCACUCAUCUCCUCACGGACUCGGGCCAAGACUACCACCGCUUCCGGUGGUACCGUCACCGGCCCAGCUUACUUCGGACGUCAACCGCGGGCUACCAUCGUUCCUCGAACGCCGUCGCCUGUCCGUCGCUCUAACAGGUUUCGUACAAAAACCAAGACCACCCGGGUCACCGCGCAUUCGCCGCGUCCAUCCGCGACGCUCGCGUCGGCAUCUUCGUCGAAUGUUUCCGCGCCACCGGCACCUUCGCCAUCAUCACCGACUUCAGCGUGCUCUGUUUCGCCGGUUUCGCCUUCUUCACAGGUGUCACCCACGUUUUCGUCUCCCGCGGCGCCGUCGUCGCG